CUUUGUCUUCAAAAUUCUUGGGGGUUUCCAACCUGGAUAUUAAUAAGCUUUUCCUAUAAAGGGAUCCCUGUGUGAUCACUGUGUACAAACAUUCCUUAUGUAUAACCCACUCUCCUGGUUUUCCAGGUCCGAGAACGAGCCAGAGAGAAACACAGGAGUUGAAGAAGCUGUUUUCUGUUAUAACAAGCCCCCUGGGCCAACAUCAGGAUAGAGACAACUUGCAGCAACUGUUACAUCCAGACAACCUCUGUAAGAUGUUUAAUGAGGUCAGUCAUCUGCUAUCUCUGACACCCUUGGAAGAUGUUGCAAGUAUUCAGACACCUUUGGAUUCCACAGGUUAUGUGAGAAAAUCAUCACCUUCCAAAUUCCCUGCUCUCUCCUCAGUCCCAGGAGGGGAACUAUUGCCAGCCUCUCUGUUGAAGCUUUCUCCACCUUCCUCAUUCUCUCUUCCCCCUAACAUGGUCAUGCCCUCAGCUGACCUUCUCUCACCUUCCCCGUUGAGUGACUCUCUGCCACCAGAGCCUCUUCCUGCCUUGGACUCCAAGGCCACAGAAGACCCUUUGCCACCCCCAUCACUUUCCCUCCCCCCUCCCCCACCACAUCCCACUCAGGAAACAGACACUCUUCUACCACAAGAUGCCACUCUGCCUGUGGUGAGCAGUCCUGCUGGCUUGUCCACUUCUGUUCCAGUGGGAGGCAUGGACCAUUCCAGCACAGAGCCCCCUGCCAAGAAUAUGCUGUCUUCCAAUUUGGCACAAGAUGGUGUAAAACAGCAAUUUCUUGCCCUCCGUUCUGAGAACUUAUCUGGGGGAGACACUGUAGCCUACUGUGUGGAGACUCAUAAUAUCUGGUUUCUGCCCCCUGCUGUCCUGACAUGCCUGGAGAGACAAAUCAAAAAGAGGGGUGAUGUCCUCAAGUGGAAAGAAAAGGAAAAGAAAGCAGAAUCUUUUCCAAAACAACACCAGCCAAAUUACCAAGGAUUUUCUUCAGAGAAAAGGUCAGAGUCAGCUGCUGAUCAGCAGGACUCGGCCAUUUCUCUUCUUUCAUGGAACGAAAAAGGCAAAUCAGAGGAACCACAGGUGGAUCAGCAGUCCCCUUAUCCUAGGAGCUUUGAGGAUCAUUUACAGAAAAACUACACCCAGCUUUUCUAUGGUGUCCCAUCUCUACACCCCAAGUCCCUUAGCCCUAGUGUACCAGCUUCAGGUGAUUAUUCCUCAGCCUUUGUCUGCUUCAAUACAGCAUCCAUUGAUGCCACAGCCCACAAAUCCCCAGUCCUUCUCUAUACCCCACCUGCCUUCUUGCCUGUGAGCCAACCUCAACCCUUGCCCAAGACCUCUUCCCAACCUCAGCCCCAAUAUCUCACUCCUGAACAUGCCCAGACCCAGCUUCAGCCUCAAUCCCCACUCCCAAUUCUGUCACCUCCUGAAAACCAGUUUAGGAUCUGUGGAGUGCGUGAUCUUGGACACAAGAACGAGGCACUAUCUCUGGUGCCAUCUGAAAUUCAUGACCUAGAAUACAAUGUGACACAAAAAUCACAGGAAAGUCUGUGGGGUUUACCCUCUGUGGUCCACAAAUCCCAGGAGGACUUUUGUCCUCCAGCUCCCAACAUUGUGUUGGUUAACCCAUCCUCCAAAGCUCAUGUUGCAAUCUCCAUCCUUCCUGGAAAUUAUCUCCUUUCAGAUGAUCUUCAGAAGAAACUAGACCACCACCUUCGAAAGAGGCGUAUCCAACACUUGUGGGGCCUGCCCCGAAGAGUAUGCAUCCCUGUCACUGAUGCGUCCUCUGGAAAAAAUUCCUGAGACCUCUGAGUCAAAGAGCAGUCAUGGGCUCUCAAGAAAGUCUUUGGAUAAGAGUCAGAGCACCAAAGAUAUAAAUAAGGGGGGCUCAAGCCAACCCAGAAACCUCCAUGAACUGAGCUCAGGAAUGCUUCCUCUAAAGAUGGGAGUGAGGAAGGCACAGAGAGAUGGUACCAAGAUUGAGCAAAAUCGUCAUGUGCUGAGUGACCGAGAUAAUGUUCUGGGGUCUUCCUCAAGGAAGGAUCUAGAACAUCACUUGCAGAGUCCAUCAGGUGGAACUCCAAGUACCUCAAUGGUGAAUUCACUACAGAAACAACUUGAAAAUGCCUUGAACUCCCACCUGAGCAAGAAGUUUCAGGAAAUCAGUGAGGGUCAGAUUCCGGGCACUGUGCAUAGAUCAUGGCAUUCUAUCAAGAUGGCAUUGCCUGUAAGUGAGAAAUCCACCAGACAAACGAGUCACAAACCUUUGGCACCAACCAGGAUGGACAGCUCUGUCAAUACGACCCAGGCUAUUUCCUUCCUCGAUGCUGGCAAGAAGAAGAUAAUGGAAGAACACAUUACACUCUUUCAUAAGAGGUUGAUAUAUGGCUUUCCCGACAGGAUUCAGGAAUCCCUAGAGAUCUUUAAUGAAAAAGAUUCAUAUCACUCCUUUUCUUACUCCAAGUUUCCUUUUUCUGCCACCCGUAUUUCUGGGGUGGAUU